UACUGCAACGAGGUCACAUAAAGCCCAGUUGAAGUGGGGAAGAGCAAAAUACAGUACUGGAAAAUCAGGGACCCUGGGAAGGAGCAAGAAAAGACUGUGGACAACUGAGCUGUCCAUUAUAACAGUUACAAACGACUCCAAGACGGUGGGAGAAUGGCCACAGGAGCUACUUCCACCAGGGACUCGGGACCCACACUUGGUCAAGAGGAAUACAGUCUGUACAGCAGUCUGAGUGAGGAUGAGUUGAUUCAGAUGGCAGUGGAGCAAAGCUUAGCCCAAUGUUCUUCCUCGGGACAGCUACCUGGCACAAGAGGACACAACCCACCCAGGACCCAACGUCAGAUCCCAGUGAACUGUCCAGCGAUUCACCCCAAGGGCAGGACACCCCAGGCAAACAUCCCUCCUGCAAACACCCCGCACUCCAGACCUUACAGAAGAUACAACGGGAGUCUCUUUGUAACCCCUAAACCCAUUGAGGUUGAUCCCGUUGUCAUUGCAAUAAAGAAUGGGGAUGAAGCAACCUUAUCCCGUAUGAUCAAAUCUGGCAGAAAACUUUGUGAACCCAAUAAAGAUGGCUGGCUUCCUCUGCACGACGCUGUCUUUUACAAUCAAGUAAACUGUCUGAAGUUGCUGCUCCAAGCUUAUCCCAGAACUAUAGAUUGUCGGACUCUGGCAGAGGAAACGGCUUUAUUCAUAUCAAGCAGCAAAGGGCACAUCGAUUGCAUGCGCAUUUUGCUGGAAGCGGGAGCCGAAUGUGAUAUCUCGAGCAAGACACGGGAAACUCCACUCUACAAAGCCUGUGAACAUGAAAACGUGGAAGCUGUUCGACUCCUGAUACAGUUUAAUGCUGACAUCAAUCACCGGUGCAAUCGGGGUUGGACCGCACUUCACGAGUCCAUGAUAAGAAACCACGUAGAGGCCAUCGAGCUUCUGCUCAGAGCCGGGGCCAAGGUUGAAGCGAAGAACGCCUACGGAAUCACUGCCUUAUUCGUCGCAGCGCAGAGCGGGCAAUUGAAUUCUUUACGCUUUCUCACACAGCACGGUGCCGACAUCAACACCCAAGCCAACGACAAUGCCUCGGCCUUGUACGAAGCCUGUAAGAACGAACAUGAGGAUGUGGUGGAGUUCCUCCUCUCACAAGGCGCUGACGCAAACAAAGGCAACAAAGACGGAUGGCUGCCCAUUCAUGUUGCGGCUCAGAAAGGCAAUUUGGAGAUUACCGCACUGUUGCUUCCGGUCACCAGCAGAGUGCGGGUUAAACGCAGUGGGAUUAAUCCCCUUCACCUCGCUGCUCAAUACAACCGUAACGAUAUCAUUGAAGACCUGAUUAAAGCUGGCUAUGAUGUGAAUGCCGCCUUGUCACCUGAGAGGUCCAGGCUUUUUGAAGACAAGCGUACCUCUGUGUUAUACUUCGCUGUGAUGAACAACAAUAUAGAUGCCAUAGAAAUGCUGCUGAAGGCUGGGGCAAGACCCAACUCCGAUAUCCUAACCCCCCUUCUGGUCGCCAUCCGCCACGGUUCCAUCAAAGCAAUCAAAAUGCUACUGGACCAUGGAGCCAACAUCAACGCCUAUGUUCCCACCCAUCCUACGUCUUUCCCAGCCACCAUCAUGUUUUGUAUGAAGUACCUCGGGCUGUUAAAGUGGCUGUUGGAUUUGGGCUGUGAUGCGGAGUCUUGUUUUAAGUGUGAAUACGGUAAUCUCCCACACCCAGAAGUGGAACAGAGGAGAACAGAUGAUUAUCAGCAGCAGCAAAAGACACCUAAAAUUGUACACUUUUGUGAAAUUAUUUCCACGGCGAAAAUCAGCAGAUUAGCUGGGCCGAUCAUUGAUGUACUGCUUGACUAUGUCGGCAACGUGCAGAUCUGCAGCAAACUGAAGGAACAUCUGGACAGCUACGAUGACUGGGCGGUUAUCAAAGCAAAAUCGGAGCCACCAAGACCCCUUGCUCACCUCUGCAGAGUUAAAAUCCGACAUGUUUUGGGAAAAGAUAGAAUUCAAUUCAUAGAAGUAUUACCUAUGCCCUGCAGGCUGCAGAGAUACUUACAGCACAAUUAUUCAAAUGAUUUUUAGUUAACUUAUGCAUUGAAUGAGAAAAUUAACCGCUGUCCAAUAAGGCAAAUAAUUGUGCAUUAACGGAGUGGACAAAAGGACCCUUUUCAAGAAACCUAAACGAGACUGCAAAUGUUUUAGGGUAUGCUGUGUGACUGUGCAACAAAAGCAAAGGAAAGCAAUAUUUUAUACAGAUAUUAAUCAUCAGUGAAUCAAGAAGAAAAUAUAUAUUUCUUGUGGUCAACACUUGAAGAACUAAACACGAAGGGCUGAAAAAUGAACCAGGCUGUUUGGAUAUAAUAGUGACCAGUAACUAAAUCUGUAAGUUAUAGAAUUGUAAACUUCAGUCGACUGCGUAUAUAGAAGAUUUAUAUAUACUAUAAAACUUUGAGACUGCAAUGUGGAGGACAUAAUGUUUGUCUAUUUUUUAAUGGAAAAUGCUUAGGAAACUGAUUGCCGUGCUCCACUGAGUCACAACAGGCCACGGAAAAGAUUGAGUAAGAAAUUUUAACAGGUUCUUAAGUAGAGCAAUAUUGGGCUCUAUUUUGCGCCUCGUUCGGAAUCGUGAUCAGUUAUUGGAUGUGGAUCGAGGAUGUGGAAUGUCGGUUUGGUUAACACAGCGAAGUAACACUUGGGGAAAGAUUAAUAAAAAUGUGAGUGUAUUCGAUACGCAGCAUUCCUUUUGUGUGCUAUUGGCCCCAAUGAAGCUCUGCUCUGGGAGGCUCCCCUGGGUGAGGAGCGCUAUAUAAAUGCAAGUUGUCGUUGCUGUUGCUCACGGCUAAGAUUUCAAGCCCGGGACUUUGAGUUCGUACUUUGAAAGAUAGUAGUCAGACUAGUCAUUUUUUGCAAUAAAUGAACCGUUCGUUAUUCACAUGGAUAGAAAACAUUUUGCAGCUGCAGCGAGAAACCUUUUCAAGCGUUUUUUUCACCUGUUUCAUUGACAUAAAGUGGAGGCGAGUGUUUUCGUUCCGGAUGAAUGAAAACGGCUCCUCCCUGUGGACAAUGACGGGACUGCACAGUCUUAUGGCUGUCACUGUUUGCGGCGGUAACCGCACCUUAAUUGCAUGUGGUGCUUUACUUUGAAAGAGGAGGGAAAACAAGGAAUUGCGUCAAAGUUGAGGUUAUACGGCGGCUACUGUCCCUUUCUUCAAAAGAAGACUACUAUUGAAACGACUCUUCCUCACCCCACGAAGCAAGUGAGUCAGCCCACAAUUUCCUAACAGCUUCCGAACAAAAAAAAACAAUUAACCGCCUUCCUCCGAACGAAGGAUGGAUUCAUUUUGUUUGCAGAAGUUUUGGUACUGAAGCUUCCUUUCACACUGUUAGAAAUAUGCAUUUUCCUCCGGUUCUUAUAACAGCGUAAAUAUACAUUACAGGGAUCGAACAAAGGGUGUGAAUGCAUAGUUUUGAUAUGUCUAUACUUAGCUAUCUAAGAAUCUCUCACUCUCUAUAGGCUGUUUUGUUCUCUUUCAACACUUUUUGAUCACAAAAUAACUCAACCUCAAAGUUAUUUGUGGUCAAAAUGUUGACGACACAAAAGAUCAGUGUUGAGAACGGCACAUGACAAUAUUCAGGGAUGUUUAGUGGAAAAUUACCUUUUUUUUGUGCAAUGGAAUGAUAUUUUUUACUUUACCUUUAGUAUCGGUUUUGUGAUUUUUCUGCCAGCAAUCUAAAUAAAAACAUGCAUUUGUACUGAG